AUGGACUCAGUACGUAAUCUGACUGCGAAACUCUGCGGGUCUGCGGCUUUCACAGAGUGGGCGAACAGGCAUUACCCACAACGCGGCACAGACGAGUUCUUUGAGAGGACAGUGAGAGAGGGCAGCACCGCACCUUCUGUAGAGAACCCCGGGCGCAUGAAUACGGACAUGUACACCUUCCCGGCUGUG